AUGGUCGACGGCGGCGAGUUCGCCGGCACCAUUUGCUCGAUCUGUUACGAAGUUCUCAAGCCCGUUACGGAAGAUCUUCAAUCAAUCUCUAUCUGCGGCCAUGUCUUCCACGAGCUCUGUCUGCAGCAAUGGUUUGAGUACUGUUCAAGAGCGAAGAAGCACACUUGCCCCGUUUGCAAGCAGAGUUGCAGGGCCAGCGAUGCGUGCAGGCUUUAUUUUCAAUCGGUUGGAGAAGUGAACGAUGCUGUUCUUCCUCGGAAUCCCGUUGAUUUUGAGGAAGAUGCUGGGGUUCUGCGCAGGGAAGUCAAAAGAUUGGAGAUGCAAGUUUCAAUGCUUAGUUCGGAAUCGAAACAGAAAGCAAAGGACUUGGAAGAACUUACCGAGGAGCUCUGUGCUUGCAAGGAGCAGGCAAAGAUAGAAAUAGCAUUGAAAAACGAGGCCUUAAAUCAAAAAGCAUCCAUACAAUUCCAGCUUCAUAUGAAAUCAGAGGAGCUUGAGAAGUCAAGUUUGGAGCGUUUUAGAUUACAAGAUAGAAAUAUGGCUUUGGCUAAAGAACUUGCAGCAUUAAAAUUAGUGUCUGAUCUGGACCUUGAUGAAGAGGAGGUUUUGAAGCUUGCCACUUUGGGUAACGGUGCCAACAGCAAAGACACGAUAGACACAUUAAAAAGAUCUCUGGUCUUGCGGAACAGGAGUUACAAAGAAUUAAUGGCCAAGUGCAAUCUUCUGGGAAGAGGCGAGGCUCGUUAUAGUAAAAAGCUUGAGAAGGCUAAAGAGAAAAUCAUUAAACUGAAGGCUAGGAUACAAGAACUGGAGACAACAGCAGAAGUAAAAGAAAACGAAUAUCUGAUGUCUCUGAAAGUUUCAAAGAAAACAAAGUGUUCAAAGAAUCUUGAAAAUAGUAUCAAUUGUAAUUUUGAUGUGACUGCAAAUGACGACAGUAAAUCUUCACAAUCUUUGAAGAUAGAGAACUGCAAUGCUACUAAGAAUAACGCUGUGGAUAUUAGAAAUGGUAGUAAAACUAUCUUGUCUCCUGAUAAAGAGAUAGAUUUUAUCUCAAUUGAUGAAGAUAAUUCAGAAUUUACAAAAGCUUUGCCUGGACGUCCAAAACACAACUACAAAGAUCAAGACAGGGUUGAUGAUGCUUUUAGCAAGCCUUCUCUGGCUUCUGGCAUAAAGACUGAAACAUUGUUGCAAGGAAAAUGUAAUUUGCUUGAGUCUUCAAGAGUUGAUAUUGACAUUGAAAUGGCUAAUAUUUCUGCUGGCACUAUGGAUGAAGAUGUGAUGGUACAAGCCAACGUUCAACAAGUUCAACCCAUGGUUAACAUUAGAAAGGAGUCUCCAUUAACACUUUCAAAUUCAGCAAAUACCUGUUUUUCUGGUGGAUUGCUUGGACCUGAUGGAACUCAUCGAUACUUGGGUAAAUGGUGCAAGCGUGGACAAAACAGUGAAUCAACAUCUGCAAAAGGUUCAAGUAAUGGGGAUUUGAUAGCUGUCGGGGCUGAUGGUAGAGGUGGCAAAAUAAAAGUUCUAAGGACUCCAAACCAAAUAUUUUCGGAUGGAAAGGAAAAUUCAGUAAGUUCAAAAAGGUUAAAAUUUGGACAAAAACCAAGUAGUUUGCAAUCCAAGGGGUACCUGCAGAUAGAACACUUCUUUGCGAGGACCAAUCAGUAA